GGAAUGGGUUCCACGAAGGAAACUGUGUUUGCUCCCUCUACACCAUCACCCACCACACAGGGCGCCCCAGAAUUCUUUCUAACCCUACACGAGCCAAUGAACAACAUCACCACGUCGCUGGGGCAGACGGCUGAGCUGUACUGUAAAGUGUCGGGGAACCCAGCGCCUUCCAUCCGGUGGCUGAAGAACGAUGCUCCGGUGGUGCAGGAGCCUCGGAGGAUCUCGUACCGGAUCACCACGUACGGCUCCCGACUCCGCAUCCGCAACCUGGACACAACGGACACUGGCUACUUCCAGUGCGUGGCUACCAAUGGCAGGAAGUCCGUCUCCACCACAGGCGUGCUCUUCGUCAAGUUCGGGCCCCCGCCGACUCCCAAUUCCGGAAAGUCCACACAAGUGAUCUAUGAGGAGGACGGCUUCUGCCAGCCGUACCGAGGCAUCGCCUGCGCCCGCUUCAUCGCCAACCGCAGCAUCUACGUGGACUCCUUACAGAUGCAGGGAGAGAUCGAGAACCAGAUCACAGCUGCCUUCACCAUGAUCGGGACUUCUAACCACCUGACGGACCGUUGCUCGCAGUUUGCCAUCCCCUCGCUGUGCCACUUUGCGUUCCCGUACUGCGAGGAGACCUCAGGGCUGCCCAAGCCACGGGACCUGUGCCGGGACGAGUGUGAGAUCCUGGAGAACGACCUGUGUAAAGCCGAGUACAUCUUCGCCCGCUCCAACCCCCUCAUCCUCAUGCGGCUCAAACUGCCCAACUGUGAGGACUUGCCCCUGCCCGACAGCCCAGAGGCCAGCACCUGUAUGAGGAUCGGCAUCCCCAUGGCGGAGCCCAUCAACAAGAACCACAAGUGCUUUAACAGCAGUGGGCUGGAGUACCGGGGCACCGUCAGCAUGACACGGUCAGGCCGGCAGUGCCAACCCUGGAACUCCCAGUACCCGCACAGCCACUCCUUUGCCGCGGGCCGCUACCCCGAGCUCAACGGUGGCCACUCCUACUGCCGCAAUCCUGGCAAUCACCGGGACGGGCCCUGGUGCUUCACCCUGGACGAGGCCGUCAAGAUGGAGCUGUGUGAGAUCCCAUUGUGUGACUCCAAAGAGGGCAGCAAGCUGCAGAUCCUAUACAUCCUGGUGCCCAGUGUGGCCAUACCCCUGGCCAUCACCCUCCUCUUCUUCUUCAUCUGUAUCUGCCGCAACAACCACAAGGCCUCAGCACCGCCCGCUCAGCUUCAGCCCAAGCCUGUGCGAGGCCAGAACGUCGAGAUGUCCAUGCUCAACGCUUACAAACCAAAGAGCAAAGCCAAGGAGCUGCCUCUGUCCGCGGUGCGGUUCAUGGAGGAGCUGGGCGAGUGCGCUUUCGGGAAGAUCUACAAAGGCCACCUGUACUUGCCAGGGAUGGAGCACGCCCAACUGCUGGCCAUCAAGACCCUGAAGGAGUAUGGCAACCCCCAGCUGUGGGCCGACUUCCAGCAGGAGGCUUCGCUGAUGGCCGAGCUCCAUCACCCCAACGUGGUGUGCCUGCUGGGUGUGGUGACCCAGGAACAGCCCGUCUGCCUGCUCUUCGAGUACCUGAGCCUGGGAGACCUGCAUGAGUUCCUCAUCAUGAGGUCCCCGCACUCUGACAUCGGUUGCAGCAGCGACGAGGACGGGACGGUCAGGUCAGGGCUUGACCACGCCGACUUCCUGCACAUCUCCAUCCAGAUUGCGGCCGGCAUGGACUACCUGGCCGGACGCUAUUUCGUCCACAAGGACCUGGCCGCCCGCAACAUCAUUGUGGGCGAGCAGCUGAGGGUGAAGAUCUCUGACCUGGGCUUGUCCAGGGAGAUCUAUGCGGCCGAUUACUUCCGCGUCCAGAACAAGUCGCUGCUGCCCAUCCGCUGGAUGCCACCGGAGGCCAUUCUGUACGGCAAGUUUUCCACCGACUCGGACGUGUGGUCCUUCGGCGUGGUGCUGUGGGAGAUCUUCAGCUUCGGGCUGCAGCCUUACUACGGCUUCUCCAACCAGGAGGUGAUCGAGAUGGUGCGCAAGCGCCAGGUGCUGCCGUGCCCCGAGGACUGCCCACCCAGGAUGUAUGAGCUGAUGGCGGAGACCUGGCACGAGAUGCCCGCCAGGCGGCCGCACUUCAAGGACCUCCACGCCCGCCUGCGCUCCUGGGAGGGGCUGAGCUCCCACACCAGCUCCACCACCCCCUCGGGGGGCAACGCCACCACUCAGACCACCUCGCUGAGCGCCAGCCCGGUCAGCAACCUCAGCGCCGCCCGCUUCCCGGUGCACAUCUACCAGCCCACGGGGCUCACCCAGACCCAGGUGGGGGGGCUGGUGGCCCAGGCCAGGGGGCAACACCAACGCUUCAUCCAAGUCAACAGUUACCCGGUGCCCCCCGGCUACGCAGCAUAUGCGGCCGCCCACUACCAGCCGGGGCCCCCGCCGAGGGUCAUGGCGCACGGACCACCUCCCAAGAGCCGCUCGCCCAGCAGCGGGAGCGGCUCCACCAGCACCGGCCACCUGACCAGCUUGCCCUCCUCGGGCUCGGCCCACGACGCCAGCACCCCCCUCCUCUCUCACCACCUCUCCGUGUCCGGACACCUGGCGAGCGCCACCAUGCCCCUCUUCACUCACAUAUCGCACAAAGCCGUGCCUGUGGACUGCCCGUUGGGGGAGGGCGAGGGGCACAUGCUCCCCACCUCCGAGCUCGGCCCCCGAGAACUGUAACGUCAGCCAUGUAAAUGUUAUAUAUUAUAUAGAGAGAGAUCCCA